CCUCGGCGCGAGGACCCGGCGAAGAGGCGCCAUUUUAGGGUCUUGUCGCCGCCGCCGCUUCGCUUCUCCGCCGCCAUGAGCGUGGUGGACCAUGUACGGGAGAUGGCGGCCGCCGGGCUCCAUUCCAACGUGCGGCUGCUCAGCGGCCUCCUGCUCACCAUGAGCGGCAACAACCCGGAGCUGUUCUCCCCCUCGCAGAAGUACCAGCUGCUGGUUCACCAUGCGGACUCCCUGUUCCACGAUAAGGAGUACCGCAACGCGGUCAGCAAGUACACCAUGGCCCUGCAGCAGAAGAAGGCCUUGAGCAAGACCUCCAAAGUGCGACCCUCCCCCGGCAGCACAGCCUCCACUCCCCAGAGCCAGUGUCUGCCUUCUGAAAUCGAAGUGAAAUACAAAAUGGCCGAAUGCUACACCAUGUUAAAGCAAGACAAAGACGCCAUUGCCGUCCUGGAUGGCAUCCCUUCCAGACAGAGGACCCCCAAGAUCAACAUGAUGCUGGCCAGCCUGUACAAGAAGACGGGCCAAGAACGUUCCUCGGUGACCAGUUACAAGGAGGUUUUGAGGCAGUGCCCACUGGCUCUCGAUGCCAUUCUAGGUUUGUUGUCGCUCUCGGUGAAGGGUGCAGAAGUGGCUUCCUUGACCAUGAACGUGAUUCAGAGCAUCUCGAAUCUGGAUUGGCUUUCGGUGUGGAUCAAAGCGUACGCGUUUGUGCACACAGGCGAUAAUACCAGAGCAAUCAACACAAUCUGCUCACUGGAGAAAAAGUCACUCCUGAGAGACAAUGUGGAUAUAUUGGGCAGUUUAGCAGACCUGUACUUUAGAGCCGGGGAUAACAAGAACGCCAUUCUAAAAUUUGAACAGGCCCAAAUGCUGGAUCCCUAUUUAAUAAAAGGAAUGGAUGUCUAUGGUUACUUACUGGCUCGGGAGGGUCGCCUGGAGGACGUGGAAAACCUCGGAUGCCGGCUGUUCAACAUCUCUGACCAGCACGCAGAGCCCUGGGUGGUCUCAGGCUGCCACAGCUUCUACAGCAAGCGCUACUCUCGUGCCUUGUACCUGGGGGCCAAAGCCAUCCAGCUGAACAGCAACAGCGUGCAGGCCCUGCUGUUGAAAGGGGCCGCCCUGCGGAACAUGGGCAGAGUGCAAGAGGCCAUCAUCCACUUCCGCGAAGCCAUCCGGCUGGCCCCGUGCCGGCUGGACUGCUACGAAGGCCUCAUCGAAUGCUACCUGGCCUCCAACGGCCUCCGCGAGGCCACCGUGAUGGCCAACAACGUCUACAAGACCCUGGGAGCCAACGCUCAGACGCUGACGCUCCUGGCCACCGUUUGUCUGGAGGACCCCGUGGCCCAGGAGAAGGCCAAGACCUUGCUGGACAAGGCCCUGAUGCAACGCCCGGAUUACAUCAAAGCCGUGGUCAAGAAGGCCGAGCUGCUCAGCCGAGAACAGAAGUACGAUGACGGGAUCGCUCUGCUCCGCAACGCCUUGGCCAACCAGAGCGACUGCAUCCUGCAUCGGAUGUUGGGGGAUUUCCUAGUGGCAGUCAAUGAAUAUCAGGAAGCCAUGGACCAGUACAGCAUCGCCUUAAGUUUGGAUCCCAAUGAUCAGAAGUCGCUGGAAGGCAUGCAGAAGAUGGAGAAAGAAGAAAGCCCCACUGACGCGACCCAGGAGGAGGAUGUGGACGACAUGGAGGGCAGCGGAGAGGAAGGAGACCUUGAAGGCAGUGAUAGCGAGGCAGCCCUGUGGGUCGACCAGGAGCAGUGGUUCCGUGGGCAGUGAGGCAGCCGUGGACGCACGAGGCGGCGCUUGACCUACAGGGGGAGGUUGCUGUCCUCAUCUUCCUUGGCCAGGACAGGAUUGAGGGCCAGGCUGAGGACUAGAACCAUUAAAAAAGAAGAACCUUCUGUUUCUACAUCAUGCUUGUCAGGCUAUUUAUUGACUGUAGAGGCCGGGUGACUUGUGUUUUGGGGGUUUUUGGGGGGGAGCAAAGAGACUCCAGGCUCCAGUUGUAAUUUUGAAUCCUUUCUAAAGUUAGACCCUUCAAAGAAAUCCUAAGCCUUUUUCCAAACAUGCCUUGCAAAUCGUUGCUGAAGUAAUUACGCUUUAUCCCCAGCGGCGUGUGAGGUGGGCUACUUUUCUCUCCUUUUGUGGAAGAGGCCUUUAUUCUGAGCCUUUAAGAGGCCCAGACACCUCCAGGAACUGACAGGAGGGGUUUUUGGGGGGGGGGGGAGCUUUUCCCAGCGUUUCUUCCCCCAACUUCUGAGUUUUGAGUGCAGUGUUUAGCGUGCGUGUUUUUGAAACGUAAGUGUGCUGCUUCAGACAGCUGACAGGCAGCUGUUGAGAGUAUAUCUGGAGAAUUCAGUCCUUUUUACAAAGCGUAAUGCGUGAGUGACUUUCCUUUGGAAUCCUGCUGUGGAUAUCAAAUGUAGCGAGAUGAGCCAUUGCCAAGCAGAGAACAGCCGAGCCAAAGCAUAAUCCCAAUUAGUCUUGAUUAAGCUUUGUCUCUUUUCUAGAAAAAUUAUUAUUAAAAAUGCCUUUUCUCUGAUUUUUCUGCUUCAAACUCUGAUUUGGCUCCCAUUCAAUGACUCAGCUUGGCAACAGGUUAUGCUGGACCCGGCCUGGCGCUCUGGUGUGAAUAGUGUUCAAUGUUUUCAUAAAGUUUCUUUUCUGCACCCUCUCAAAACUUUAUUCCUUGGUUAUAUGUUUGGAGGAGGGGGGCGCUUCUCGCAUGUAGCAUUGUUGUAAUAUUUCACCAUUUCUUGGGAGUAAAUGUGUACUGUUUUGUUAAAAUAAACUUCAUCCAUUUUGGUAACUCAA